AUGGCUUUGGAGCAAAAUAUGGUAGGAUUUUCGGCAGCAUUAAAUCACGAAAUUCAAAUUCACAGUACGCAGGUCGAUUACACUUCCCUGCUAUUAACAAAGGAAUAUAACAAUGCUUAUUACUUCAUGCCAGCAUUAGCUUGCAGUGCUUACUACUUCAAGCCAGCUCUAUCGUGCAUUGUUCCAACAGAAGUGCAACGGUAUAUAUUGCCAUAUACUUUGCCACCAACUUCAUAUAUCAUAAAUUCUUCACGACAACAGGAAAGCAUGAAGAAAAAAGAAAUACAAGGAUCUAUAAGUCCUUGUAAAUUAAUUGCGACUACUCCGUCGCAUGCUGCAUCCUUCUCUAAAAAUAAACUUGGACGACAAUACAAUCCUGGUCGACCGCUUGCAAUGGAAGAAAGACAAAAAAUUUUACAACUCUACGAAAAGGGUCAUAGAGUAAGCCAUAUUGCUCGUAUUAUUGGAGUGACACAUAGUUGUGUUUCAAAAAUUAUGACAAGAUAUCGGCGUACAGGUUCCAUGCAACCGCGUUCUACACGUUUUGCAGCAAAGAAAAAUAUAAACCACAACAGUGAUAUGAAUAUUGAUCCGGUUUUGGAUAAUAAUCAUCAGAAAUUAUGCAGACGAUAUACUGUUGAUAGUACAUUAAGUGCUACCAGUCAACCAGUCAAAUCUUAUUUAAUACAAAGGUACAUAUAUUUUAAUUAA